UGGAUGCAGGUCAUAUGAUGCAUCGCGUUUUAACUGAUUCUGCAAAUUCGAGGAAGAGGCGGUUUUACAGCGCUUUAGUUUUCGCUUUAACUAACAAAGAAGAUUGUUUUAAAUACAGUAAAGUACAGAAGAGGAAUUUGUUUCGUCUGUAAAGCCGGAACAAUGACUGCAGCACUGCUGGAAGAGUAUCGACACAGAAUCCGGACUGAACUGGACAGAGUUGUGGAUUUCUGGCUCAAAUAUUCCCAUGACAAGGAACACGGUGGAUAUUUUAACUGUCUUGGAAAAGAUGGGAAGGUCUACGAUGAGCUGAAAUAUGUCUGGUUGCAAGGAAGACAGGUAUGGAUGUACAGCAGGCUGUAUCGUACGGUGGAAAGAUUUCACAAACCUGAGAUUCUUGAGGCUGCCAAAUCAGGUGCUGCUUUUCUGCAAAAGUUUGCUCGAGUCGAGGCCUCCCGCAAGCCAGGGAAAUGUGCCUUCUGCCUGACAAGAGACGGUCGAGCAGUGAAGGUUCAGAGAACAAUAUUCAGUGAAUGUUUUUAUGUGAUGGCCAUGGACGAGCUGUCCAGGAUUACACAAGACAAAGUGAUGCAGGCAGAUGCCGAGAGCAUGAUGGAUCAGCUGGUGUUAUGGGUUCAAACCGAUUCAUCAUCUCUCGGCCGUCCUCAACUUCCUGGGGAUCCACCUGUCAAUAGCAUGGCAGUUCCCAUGAUGCUCCUGUGCUUGGUAGAUCAGCUGACAGAGGAUAGAACGGAGGUUGCAGAAAAGUACAACGACCUGAGUGAAUGGUGUGUGGAACAGAUUCUACAGCAUAUACAGAGAGAUGGAAAAGCCAUUUUGGAAAAUGUCACUUUGAAUGGAAAGGAGCUUCCUGGGUGUCAAGGGCGGUUGCAGAACCCUGGUCAUGCUCUUGAAGCUGGAUGGUUCCUGCUGAAGUAUGCGCUCACAAAAGGAGAUGUUCAGCUGCAGAAGACUGCAGUGGAGAAGUUUAUGGAGGUUCCAUUCUUCGCUGGAUGGGACAAACAGCAUGGCGGUCUUUUCUAUUUCCUGGAUGUAGAUGGCCAUUGUCCGACUCAGUUAGAGUGGAAUAUGAAGCUGUGGUGGCCUCACUGUGAAGCUCUGAUUGCCUACUUGAUGGCCUACAGUCACAGUAAAGAGCCUGUGCUACUGGAACGCUUCAGAUUGAUCUACAACUACACCUUCAAACACUUUUCUGAUGAGGAGCAGGGCGAGUGGUUUGGAUAUCUGAAUCGUCAAGGGGAAGUUGUGCUGGAUUUUAAAGGAGGCCCCUUUAAAGGCUUCUUCCACAUUCCUCGAUGUCUCUACAUGUGUGAGAAGCUUCUGGACAGUCUUCUUGACAGACAAGAUGCGUAAAACACCCAGAAUAUGAUCAUUUAGGAUAAAAUGCAAUUUUAAUGAUAUACUUUUAACCAUUCUAAUGUUGCCUUUGACAGCAUCAACGUCAGUUUUAGAUUGAGUUUAAACAUCAUUUUUUGUUGUUCUGUUUAUGAUGAAAAAGGGACCAUGAUUAUUUUGUUUUUGUUGUCAUUUUGUUUGCACUGGCCAGUGCUGUUCACUGGGUUGUGAAGGGCUUUUAUUAAUUCCUACAUACAACACUUUUUCUUAAUCAGGGAUGAGUUGAAACUGAAAAAUAUCCUGUUUUUUUAUGAAGCUCUUAUGAAUCCCUCUAUAUUUUGUAAUUCCUACAUGAUUAAAUUACAUGUAAAGAG